AGCAGCACCAUAAAAGUAGCAUAUCCCAUCUCCCGCACUUCGCACCGGAUAAAUUAUGUAAAAUCGAAAACGACGCGCGAUAUAAAGCAGACACACGAGUCAGUAGGAGUCAAUUAUUAUAAUAAAAUCGUAAUCAGAACAAUCACAUCUGCGAUCUGCAAUAAUGCAGCCGAAUGCUUUUCACAAGCUUUUGCUGCUGCUGCCGCUCGCCUAUCAGCAUACAUCAAAUGAUCACAAAGAGGAGGCUCACUGGAACUAUGAGACGAACGGCCUGAACUGGGGAGGAAUUUGUUCAGCGGGAGAAAGACAGUCACCCGUUUCCUUGAGCGUUCAAAAAUCGCUUAUCGUCCCAUUACCUCGGAUCGUGUUCGGAAACUAUGACGUAAAGUUGAGGGGGCCCAUCACCAUUGAAAAUAAUGGGCACACAGCGCACAUGGAAAUCCCCGAGACGGCUAACGGCAACAAGCCCUUCAUAACCGGCGGCCUGCUGAAAAAUCGGUUCGUGGCCGAGGGUCUCCACUUCCACUGGGGAUCCCCCGACUCCCGUGGAUCCGAGCACUCCAUCAACAGGCAGCGCUUCGACGUGGAGAUGCACAUUGUCCAUCGAAAUGCCAAGUACAAGGACAUCGACGAGGCGAAGGAGAAGAAGGACGGACUGGCUGUCAUCGGUGUCAUGCUGAAGAUCGUACAGAACCCCAAUCGCUUAUUUCCGGGCCUAAGCAAAGUAAUGAGUGCAUUGCCGAGAGUUACGAAGUACAAAGCGAAGACGACUAUUCCGGGCGGCUUGAGCCUGGGUCAGGUGCUGGGGAAUGUGAACCCCCGGGACUUCUUCACCUACCGGGGAUCACUGACCACGCCCCUCUGCGAGCAGGUGGUCACCUGGGUGGUGUUCUCCCAAGUCCUGCCCGUGUCCUACUCAGCGGUAUCGAAGUUCUGGAAACUGCGGGACUCCGAGGGGCACAGGCUCGUCAACAAUUUCCGGAACAUACAGCCGCGAAACGGGCGACCUGUCUUCUACAGAGUGGGAAAAGAUCUGAGUGGUGCCUACCUGGGCAAGUGAUGGUAUUAUAGCUGGACUUAGCUUAGGUUCUGUAUUUAUUUUAGUUG